CGGAACAUCCUCACUGUGUUCUAACAGACUGUCUCAGUUUGCCAGGCCUGCCAUGGGGUAGAGCCGCAGAUUGGGGUGGAAGGUUCCUGAAGCCUCCUGUCCCGGUACCGGGCUCUGUCUUUGUAGAGCUCCAACCAGGACAUCACUGAAGGGCUGGUUAACGGGUUCAACUACUCAACCUCCCUCGAUCCGGGAAAGGUGCAUCAGGCCACAGACACCAUCCAGGGCCGGACUCAGAGUGCAGCUGAGUUCACUCUGAGACUGUGUGAGGCCCGCAGGAUGCGAGCCCUGCAGAAAGGCACCCUGGAGGAGGUGGCAGCAUCCCUGGUACCAGCUUUCCUGGCUGGCAACAUCCCCCACAUCUGCACCCUGAUGCCCACCCACCCAGCCUUCUCCAGAGCCCAGUGGUUCCUGGACGAGCUGUUAACUAGGUCCUGUCCACUGUCCAUCAGAUCGGAUGCCAUCAAGGUGUUUGCUACAUCUGGAGGGACACCUCCUCAUAAUGACCGGGACGACACACCGCAGGAGCAAUUAGCAAAAGCCACCGCUUCUGUGAUGGGGACCUGGCCGGACCGGGUACAAUAUUUGGGCCAGCCCCUCCUUUCCCCCUGGUUCCUCCUGAAGCAGGCCUUGGUGCUGCACAGCCGCCCUGCCCCACACCCGGUGGGCCUCGUCAGAAGUCUUUGGGUGGAGCUGGCGCAUCUAGAGCCCACUGAGGCACAGGGGGAAGAACCACCUCCAGAGCUCAAGCGCACUCCAGAGCCGGAGGAAGGGCCUGCUCCUGGGCUAGAGCCUGGUCCAGCUGUGGGGGUGCUGGAGCCAUCUGGACCACCAGCUCUGAUCCGAAUCCCAACAGCAGAGCCAGCUCCACCCCCAACAACUGACUACCCCCGGGCUGGGACCCCUAAGCACCUUAUAAGGGAGGAGAAGGUUAACAUCCUGACCUUCCCUCCAAGGCUGGUGGCCGAGCAACUGACAGCAAUGGAUGCGGAGCUGUUCAAGAAGGUGCUGCCCCACCAGUGCCUGGGCUCCGUCUGGCCCCAGAGGAGGAAGCCUGGCAGAAGCACGCGGCCUCCACUGUCAGUGCCACCAUCAGACAAUUCAACCAAGUGGCCACCUGUGUGAUCACCACCUGCCUUGGGGACCCAAGCAUGAUGGCCCGGGACAGGGCCAACGUGGUGGAGCACUGGAUGAAGGUGGCCAAGGUCUGUUGGGGGAGGCCCAGCAGCGCCCCUAUGCGGAGCCUUGAAAAAUGCCUCUGCUGCCUGGUCAGCUCUGAGGACUGAGGCCAGAGGUCUGAGCCCCAGCACAGCCUCCAUGUCCUCUCUGC